CUCAGUGAUCCAUUGGCAUUCGCCUCUCAGACGUCGCCAGAAAGCGUUGAAAGCUCCGGAACCGAAACUGAAUUCGAGGCCCAGCGAUCGCCUUUGAUUAAUAACUGAUAAAUUGCCAGCGAUUCGCGGGCUGUGCUCCAUUGGCAGCCGAAAGAUUACAGUACAAGACCGCAGAAGAUGAGCCUGCAGUCGAUCAAAUACACGCGGGGCAGCCUGGAGAUCCUGGACCAGCUGCUGCUGCCCGGCCAGUCCAAGUACCUGGUGGUGCGGGGCGUGGAGGAUGGCUGGAAGGUCAUCAACAAGAUGCAGGUUCGUGGUGCUCCCGCCAUCGCCAUCGUGGGCUGCCUCUCCCUGGCCGUGGAACUCAACCCGGAGGAGUUUGCCAGCAAGAAGUCGCUGCGCCAGGAGAUCGAGGGCAAGCUGAACUACCUCGUCUCCUCCCGGCCCACGGCAGUCAACAUGAAGAUCGCCGCCGACGAGCUGAUCAGCCUGGCCAACGACCUUUACAACGACGAGUCCGUUGACGUGGCCGAAAUGAAGCAAAGAUUCCUGAGUGCCACCGAGGCCAUGCUGAAGAAGGACAUCGCCGACAACAGGGCCAUUGGAGCACACGGCGCCAGGGCGAUUCUGCAGGGCGUUGCAGAGGGAAGUGGAGCUCCGGCGGGAUCCUCGGGAUCCGUCCGUGUGCUCACCCACUGCAACACGGGCUCCUUGGCCACCGCCGGAUACGGAACUGCACUGGGCGUGGUCCGGCAGCUGGCCGAGCUGGGAAAGCUGGAGCACGUUUACUGCACAGAGACCCGUCCAUACAACCAGGGAGCACGCCUCACGGCCUACGAACUGGUCCACGAGAAAUUCCCCGCCACCCUGGUUCUGGACAGCAUGGUGGCUGCUCUGCUGCGGGCCAAGAACGUGGCUGCCGUGGUGGUGGGAGCAGAUCGGGUGGCCUCCAACGGCGACACGGCGAACAAGAUCGGCACCUACCAGAUCGCCGUGGUGGCCAAGCACCAUGGUGUGCCCUUCUACGUGGCCGCCCCGCUGACCUCCAUUGACCUGGCGAUUCCCGGCGGCGACCAUAUCAUCAUCGAGGAGCGCCCCGACCGCGAGAUGACCCACGUCGGAGAGCACCGGAUCGCUGCGCCGGGCAUCAACUGCUGGAAUCCCGCCUUCGAUGUAACCCCCGCCGCCCUUAUCACCGGCAUCAUCACGGAGCGCGGCGUCUUCAAGCCGACGGAACUGAAAGAGGCUAUCUCCAAGCUGCAGUCGUAACGGGCGCGCAGGAAUUGUUGUUUACGAAUGCACUCCAUACCCAUAGUCCGAAAAACAGAAACAGAGACCGCUAAAAACGAGAGCACUCACGCGCGCUCGGAAUAGGCACUUUGCCAGCUGAGCUUUGUAUACAAACGUGUUCCCCUCCGCCACCCUCCCGCCUGUCAAGCAGAUGUGGGUCGAUCCGCAGGGAAGCACAACGCACAAUAUACCUCCUACAUAUGUAGCCCCA